AACAAAGGCCCCAACCCAAUUCCAAUUUCAAGCGCAGCGUUAACGAGCAGAUCGCUGAAUCUUCUGCAAGUAUAAACUAAACAUCGAGAAGAGUCACAGAGCUCUGGAGUAGCGCGAAAAGAAGAAGAAGAAGAAGAAGAAGAAGAAGAAGAAGAAGAUAUAGCUGUUAGAAGUAAAAAGUUUGCAAAUUGGUUUUCUUAUUUGAUGGACUCGGACAUGGAGGCUGCAAAAACUGCCAGGGAAUCUCUGGACCUGGCCUUUCACAUGUCUAACUUGCUUGAUACGGGGCUUGAUCGUCACACCCUCUCUGUGCUCAUUGCUCUCUGUGAUCUGGGUCUCAACCCUGAGGCAUUGGCUGCCCUUGUCAAGGAACUCAUUACACAAACCUCCACUUCACCCCCGCCGUCUUCUCUUACCUGAACACGCACACUUGCAAACAAGCCAGAGCCAUGUAGCAGGCAUUUUAAGGGGAGCAAUUAUUAAUAGUUAGUUCAUUGCUAGUUUUGGAGGUUCAAGGGUUUUUUCAGUUUUCUCAUUUCCUCUCUACAUAGAGAAUUUCUGUUAAGUGGAAAGAGUUUAACGUUUUAAUGAUUGUUCACAUUAUUAAAACUUAUCAAUACAGUAGUUUGUCACAUUGUGGUUGUGUUAGUUAAAACUGAUAAAGAGAUAUUUCUUUAUGAUUGAAUUUAGACUCUCGCUCUUGAUAUGUUA